AUGAGCCGAGCCGACAAACUCGCGCGCGUCGACGAAGUCAUAGCCAAGGUCGGGCUCGACCACUGCAAGAACACGCAGGUGGGCAGCGCGCUGAAGAAGGGCAUCUCGGGCGGCGAGCGCAAGCGACUGUGCGUGGCCAUCGAGCUGCUCAUGAAGCCGCGGCUCCUGUUCCUGGACGAGCCCACCUCCGGCCUCGACGGCGUGACGGCGCUCACCCUCUGCCGCAUUCUGCGGGACCUGGCCCACACCGAAAACUGCACCGUCGUCUGCACCAUCCACCAGCCGGCUACGCAGAUCUUCAAUCUGUUCGACGACUUGAUGAUUCUCAAGAGCGGUCAGGUGGUGUAUCACGGCCCCGCUGACCAGGUGGUGGACCACUACGCCCAGGCCGGCUUCCCUUGCCCAAUGCACACCAACCCUGCCGACCACAUCCUGGACGUGAUCAGCCCUGUGCACUUCACACGCGACGAGAUACAAGAAGCGGAGGACAACGCCGCCAAGAUCCGCCUGCUCUACACCCCGCCACACGUGGACGAUCCGCCCGAAAAGAAGAGAAAGAGGGGCGACUCAGGGACGGUGUGGUAUCUUUUCCUGCGAUCGAUGCAGAAUGUGAUGCGCGAGCGGAUGGUUCUCCUGGCGCAGCUCGCGCAGACCAUCAUCUUCGCUGUCUUGAUCGGCACGGUGUUCCUCGACAUCGGGACCAACCAGGCCGGCCAAAAGAAGAGACUGCCCGUCCUGUUCUUCGUCUGCAUCAAUCAGGGCGUCUUCAGCGCACUGAUCUUGAUCAACUCAUUCCCUUCUGAGCGACUGAUUGUGCUGCGAGAGCGAGCAUCGGGAGCGUACUAUGUCUCGGCCUACUACGUCGCGAAGAUGCUGGCGGAGGUAGCCGUGCAACUGGCCUUCCCACUGCUGUUUUCCUGCAUCGUGUACUUCCUGGUCGGUCUCCAGGCCGAUGCAGGCAAGUUCUUCAUCUUUGUUUGCUUCAUGGAACUGUGCUCCCUGGCCGCGACGUCUCUGGCCCUGAUGAUCUCCACCUUCUGUCGCACCAUCACGCUUUCCAUCACCGUUUUGCCCCUCGUCCUGGAGCUCUGUCGUCUCUAUGGCGGUGGCUACCUCCCUCCUUCACGAUUGCCGGCCUACUUCUCCUGGCUUGAUGCCUUGAGCUUCGUCAAGUACUCCUACACCGGCAUCGCCCUGAACGAACUCGAGGGACUCAAACUUCACUGCGACCCGGACGAGCUUGUCGGUGGCUCCUGCCCGCUCACUUCCGGCGAGCAAGUCAUCGAGCAGGAGGGCUUCGACUACAUCACCAUCUGGGGCUGCGCUCUGGUUCUGCUGGCCAUGAUUGUCUUCUUCCGCAUCCUCGCUUUUGUAGGCUUGCGAUGGAUUAAGGGCUAA